GGCACAUGACGUCCACUCGUGAAAUGACAGGUCGCACAAAAUCUACCGUGAAAUGAGUGGGGAUCCAACGUCGGACCUACCGAACAUUCGGAGGUGCAUGUUCGUGACGGGAUUGAAAGAUCCGCAAGCCACGAGCACUGUCCUCUUCCGCAUAGGGAUUUCUUGCAGUAGACGCCUAAAAGACACACACUAAAAAUAAAAUAGUAAUUAUAAAUAAGGACUAGUGCGAUGACCGUCAAAGGUCAAAGCAAAGAGAUCAGCGAGCUGCACCACCUCAGCAGGCAUACACACGCAACAGAACAGAAACGACGGACCUGGAUUUGGGGGGGAUUGGAUUGGCUUUGGGCAGGUUGCAGGCAGGUUGGGAGGGUUGGGCUCAAACAGGCUCAAAGGCCAAAAGAACUGCCCUUCACCAUCGGAUAAAAAUAAUAAAAUUGUGCUAUUAUUUCUGUAAAGAAUUUAUCACUUUGUUUAUACUACUUCAGUAACACUGUUUUUUGUUGUUGUUCUUAAUUUUAGUGCGGCAACGGCGGCUGCAGAAGCAGCAGCAGCACGCUAACGGCGCAUGGACGGCGUAGAUGGAGCGGGGAGCGACGACGACGUCUUCCUUUCAGCUUCUUCGCGGUGUGUUCUCUCCUUGGCUGGCUGAAUGGGGCUGCGGGUCUGAAUGAACUCUCGGUCCAUUCAUCCGACCUAGCCGUUCGUUCGUCACAAGGCAAGACAGGCACGAAGGCCGAUGGUGUGGCAGUGAGUCUCUGCUACUCUGCGUGUCCACCAUGGCUGGCGCCGACGCACGACACUUGUCGCGGUGCGUCCAUACGUCACGCUUGGCCCCCUAAAACUGCGGCUGCAAGCUUCUCUCUUCGCCUGACGUCGGCACCUCAGAGCAGCCAUGACGGUGGGCCCUCUGGUGUCCGAGAUCUGCUUCACGUUCGUGCUCGCCGCCUUCCUGCUCCACCGGUAUGGCAACUUCGCCCAGCACCACCUGCUGGUGACCGUGAGCGUGUUUGUCGCCUGGUACUUCUCAUUCAUCAUCAUCUUCAUCCUUCCGCUGGAUGUCUCCACGACGGCAUUCAGGCAGUGCCUGCACGACAGCGAGUCUCACAGCAGCAAUCACCACCUUCCCUGGGUGGAAAAUGACACCACUGGCAACGUCACGGUCCCACCAGCCAUUCCAUUACCAGACGGGUGCCAUGCGCCAUGGAGCUUUGUCCCCGAGGGCGUGCUCCAAAGCCUCUGGAGGGUCGUCUAUUGGACCUCACAAGCCCUUACUUGGAUCAUCCUGCCCCUCAUGCAGUCCUACUCGACGGCGGGAGAGUUCACGGUGAUGGGCAAGCUGAAGAGGGCGCUCAUCGAGAACGCCAUCUACUACGGCAGCUACCUCCUCAUUUUUGGGGUUUUACUCGUCUACGUGGCCCUCCAGCCGGGCAUUAGCCUGGAUGCGGGCAAGCUGAAGGUGAUCUGCAUCACCGCGAGCAACACAUGGGGCCUGUUCCUGCUAGUGCUGCUGCUGGGCUACGGCCUGGUGGAGGUCCCCCGGAGCUGCUGGAACGCAGGGCAUCGGGGCCAUUCCCUGCGCUACGCCUACUUCAAGGCCUCCAAGCUCAGCCUGGAGAAGUCCGAGGCACAGGACAAGCUGGACGACGUCCUCGAGGAAGUGCAGCUGGCUGCUGGAAGUGUGACGCACCAACACCCCCUGCGGAAACACCUGGAGGUCAUUCUGUCUAAGGUUCCGAGCAGUACUGGCGCCAAAGGCAACGGUAGGGGCCGUCAUCGUGCCCACCCGGAGAUCGAUGCCCUUUCGGGUGCCGCCGUCACCGAGAAGAGCCUGGUGCGUCUACACCAGCAGGUUAUACGUGCACUGCAGCAACACGGGCGCACCCAGUGCCAGUGGACGACGCUGGUGGAAAAGGCGCUGGCGCUGGAGGACGUGGCGCGGAACGAGGAGAGUCCCGAGCGGCGUUUUCGGCGAUCCGCGCCGCACGACCAUCCGACGGGCUGUGCGCCUACGCUCGAAUGGUACUGGCGGUGCUGCGUGCGCGGCUGGUCUCUGCGUAUCCUGGGGGCCGUGCUGGCCCUGCUGAGCGCGGCACUGGUCUGGUCGGAGAUGACCUUCUUUGUGCGCCAGCCCAUCCUGACCCUCUUUGGCGUCUUCCACCGCUCGGCCGAAAGCUCGCACGACUACGUCGCCAUUGAGCUGAUGAGCAUUGUCACCAUCGGCUACCUGUGCGUGUGUGCCUACUACACGGUGUUCCGGGUUCGUGUGCUCAACUACUACUAUCUGGCGCCCCAGCACCAGACGGACGAGUACAGCCUCAUCUUCUCUGGCAUGCUGCUCUGUCGGCUGACCCCUCCGAUGUGCCUCAACUUCCUGGGUCUCAUCCACCUGGAUACCCACGUGACCAGCGAGGCCGGGCGCAUGGAGACUGCUUACACCGAGAUCAUGGGCCACAUGGACGUGAUCUCGAUCAUCGCCAACGGCUUCAACAUCUACUUCCCUAUGCUGAUAUGCGUGCUGUGCCUGGCCACCUACCUGCACGUGGGCUCCCGCCUGCUGCACUGGCUCGGCUUUGAGCAGUUCCUGGGCGACGACGACAUGACCGUCGACCUCGUCAACGAGGGGCGCGACCUCAUCAAAAGGGAGCGAGGCCGCAGGCAGAGGGUGGCCCUGGGAGAGUCCAGGCGCCGUCCACAGGCACGCUCUGCAACCGCCCGGCAAGACGAGCCGGCCCUGCCCACGCAGCCGGGCUCCGGUACAAUGACGCGGUCCGGUUCGGAAGAGAGCGCCCGCACGGAACUGCUGCGCGGCGUCGAGCCCCUGGACUAUACGGAGCCGUCGUGGGAACGAUACCAGCGCCCCGAACCUGCCUGGCAUCACGGGGAACAGCCGCCAAGGGGUCUCUUCGACGACGUCUGAACUGCCUUCCACGCACUCUAACCACAAAGUGUGAAACGCGGAGAGACCGUCGCCGCCGGGUGGCUUGGCAGUGCCCCGUUGUGACGGCGUGACCUUGCUUUCCCCACCCCUCCCACGUUUCUCUCCCAGACUGCGGUUUUCAGAACCCUCCCUGCCCGACGUACCCGCAUUGCCGUAGAAGCUCGACAUUCCCGGUGUUCCGAGGCCAUGGCCGGACUUGUGGAAAUGAGAUGUGGUUUCCUGCCAUAACGGUGCACGUAUAUGUGGUCUACACACCGGUUUACACACUGGUGCACUGGUAUGUAGAGCGGUGUAACAGUAUGUAGAUCAGUGUGACGGUAUGUGGGCUAGUGUCAAAUGGUCUUCAUACUGGUACAUCAGUAUGCCAUUAUGUGUGUUGGUGUAUGUGUGCAGUGCGAUCCACUUAUAACGAUGCCCCAUAUGGCGCUUAUGACAAUCGGUUUCUAAAGUUUCUAGACUAGAAACUCUCAGUUUCUAGUUCAGAUACAUGAAUAAUCGGUUAUAACGAUUGAAUUUUCGGGUUUUCUCAGGAUUGUGGUAAGGGGAUUGCACUGUAUGUGGUCUGUAUGCUGGUACACUGAUGUACGUACAGGUGUACCGGUGUGUAGACAGAUGUACCGGUCUAUAUAGCGGCAGGUUUGAAGAACGGGGGGCACUUUCGGGUCGCUUCCUUGGCAGUGCUUUGGCGUCGCACGAGAGUUUGUUACACACGUGCGGCUCAAGCUCCGUUGCAGACUGCGUGCUCACACCGGAGGUAGGCUCGAAAAAGAGACACUUUGUUUGUCUCUAAAUGUUUGGUGGCUAUUUGAGGACUUUCACUCCGCUAAACGUUCCGUUGCAAGUUUGCCCUUCCCACCCACCAGCAAUUUCGGUCAGUCAAGAAAUCGGGUACUGUGCUAUCGGUCGACGUAGCGGUGUUAGAUAUAAUUUUAUUGCUAUUAACAUGUCGUAGUAAUUCCCGCGUACCAUCGUGAAUAAUGGCGUGCUUGCGAGUCAUUUCAUGCAGUGAGGCUCGCAGUCGAGGCGAUGUUGCUGCUUUUUACUCGGAGAGGCGCUAGUGAUAUCCAGUCAUUGCAUCGCGGAAGAAGCCACGAUCCUAGGAGCGUUGCAGAUACGUCAACAAUAGCCAUAUCUCGUCAUUAGUUCGCGCAAAUAUUAGCCUCCGUUUCGUGGUUGGUUUCGUUCCGUUGAGUCCAAGAAUGUUCCCGUUUUCGUGUCGUCUUUUUGCGGCGAAGCUGAUUCCACAUCGAGUUCCAUAUUUGUUGUGUUGUUGCUCAAAGUGUUUUAGGUUUUAUAUAAUAAAAGUAGCGUGAGCUUUCGGCGGUGUGUAAAAAGAGCUUGUUUGCUGCCAUGGUUUGUCACUUUCACGUUUGUUCUUGUUCGAGGCAAAUAGAUGUUCCCGGAGAUAUAAACAAGUAGAGAGCCCGUGCUAUGCGUAAGCAUAGCAGUAUAACUUUUCCAAGGGCAGAAGCACUGAACCAAUGUGGAGCACAAAUCUGUCUGCUUCUUCUUGCGCAGGGGUUGUAGCCCUCAAUGCUAGGGGCCUCAAGGUCUACCCACUACCGUUCCAAUUGGAGCCUGCAUCAUUCUGACUUCGCCUUAGCCCCUGCGCAAGAAGCAGAACUUGUGCUUCGCAUACAUGGCACGGUGCACCAUGCCGGUGGUCGUUUUUACUCGUUCCUGCCGAGAAAAGCAUUUGGCAGUGUGGAAUGCAUGCUGCGGAAGCUGUGCACAACUAGCAAGGCCACCGGAAUGGCCACCGGCGCGAUGUCGACGCAAGCCAUACCUGGAGCAUCUAGAGCAAAGUAUGUUGCAGUAUUCCUCAGGAUAGAGCACCAACGGUGUGCUGUUAGGUGCUUUGCUUGUGCGAGUUUAUUGAUCCGUAGCUUUCAACAUUUUUGUCAAGCUACUGUGGUUGCUGGCAGAGUGAAAACGGUAGGGCGUGUCUUUCGAACGCCCGGCCCCCAGCACGCGCUCCAUGUCUUACGCCUCGCCUCGACUGCCGGUGCGUGCUCCAGGUGCACAAGAUGCCGAAACGUUGAAUGUAGGAAGCUUGAGCUGUAGGCAGGACGACCGAAGCUCCUCCCUGCCGUCCUUAACUUGUCAGCGACGAUAAUGGGACACUCAGUCCUGCGCUCGUCUUAUUUUUCCGAUCGUAGUUUGAUGGAUACUUUUAGUCCGACUUCUACUCGGGAUCUUCAAGCGCAUGAAAAUGAUGGUAUAUGGUGGUAGCACAGGUAAGCACUCUCACCAACUCUAGCAUUCUGGACAUACUCGCUCCUGCUUUUGGGUCGCAGCUGCAAGGCUGCAAGAAUGUGUUCGAUGUAGUAGUACUGCUAGUAACUUAUUUUCAAUGUAAAACAUUUUUUGUACAUUUGAAAAAAAAAAUUGUCGCUCCUCCGACUGCAGUUGUUCGUUGUUUGUAGAACUUUGAAUCAGUCUGGUGUACGUUUGCAAAAUGCUUGUUAGAUGGAGAUGCGUGGAAAAAUGGAGUGUGCAUGUGGCCAGAAAGAACUAUUGUAGUAGUAUUUAUCGAUUAAAAUGUACAUCCCUCCG